AUGGAAUAUGUUUCCAAGUCCAAAGGCGCCCUCUCAGAGGACCGGGGAUGCAGGAAGCAGCGAGGCCAACUCAUCUCAUCGGGAGUUCCAGCCUCCACCCCCCAGCCCAAUGGAAAUGUCGGUGUGGACCACAACAGCAGACGUCAGAAACCAGAAACCGGGACUCUGCUGGCCCGCUGGGGCCUGAUCAUGCUCCACCCGUGGCCUCAGGCACGCGCCAUGGUGAUGCUGUCCUCGCAAAAGACGACGCUGCGCCGCAAGCCGGCAUUGUUUCGGGGGGGUGCCCUUUGGGUUACGUGUUCCGUGUGCCGUGUGCCGGAAACGAAUCUGACUGGAUUGUGA